GACGUCGCUGAAAACUGUGCUUGGUAUCAAUAUCGAUGCCAUAAUAUUGCCUAUUCUUAGAGAGUCUUUGUACUCAGUCGAGCAAGCAUGUCUCGCCAGUAGAUUUGACAGAGUCGAAGCAAUGAUUUGGGUGAGACGACUUAGAGAGCAGUCUCAAAGCCUCAAAGACAUGAGCUUGCAGCCUGUCUCAAGCUGUUAAAAUGCGGUAAGUAUAUUUACCUCGUCGUUUGUACAGACGGCAAUUCUUGUAGAUCUAUAUUCCAAUGACUCCCUCAUACAUUUACCAUCAACGCCAAAAGUCAUCCUCUUCAGCUAGAUCGCAUCUAUCUAAUCGCUCGUACCUAUCUUCAUCCCCUUCUGCCAGCCCUAGAGCAACACCCUCUCUUCCAUCGCCAUCUGUGUACGGAAGCUCUCUGUCUCCUGCAGACACUCCUCACAGACGAAAUCGGUUCAAGACUCUCUUCUUUGCACCCUCUAUCAGAGACUCCGGUAUCUCGCUGAACGCACCUACUUCAGAUCCACGCUUUCCUAGCCCAAUCACGCCGCCUUGCUUCCCUGUACCCAGCAUACCGGAACAAGAGGAUCCCUUGGUUCAGGAAGAGCUAGACUUUCUGGUGGACGAGCUUACUGCCCGUUUGGGCUACCAGAGCCGUAGUUCUAUGGUCUAUCCUGCAUCCGAUCGCUGCGAUUCUCCAACCCUAGUAUCUUUCCCUAUUGGUGGUCACGACUCUCCCAUUCCUAUGGAGUCGAAGCUUACUUCACCUUUGCCUUCGCGUAGAGAGACAAAGCGGAGUAGCAGUAGGAAGAGGGGAUAUUCGGCAUCGCUACCUGGAGCCAGUCAUCUCAAUGCACCGGUCGAUCUCUCUAUCCGCGAAUUGGCUGUAAGCUCAAGAGCACAGAAUACCAGAAAGACCAGUUCGCGACCAAGGCCUACCGCCAGGCCAUCCUCACCUCUCCUGGGCCUACCACAGGUCUUUCGUCGCAUUGCGAUAACGGAUCCGCAUGUCAACGGUCAACCUAUCCGCUUCUUGUCGCCAGACUAUGUAGCUGGAGCGAACAGUCUUCAGGUUGGCAGCUGCACGUUCAUGAACCUUCCUUACGGAGCAGAUGUCGAGUGUGGUUUACGAGUAGAGCCUAGCUUCCCUCGCACCGCUUCCAAAUCCCAAAACGUGAUUCUGCAGAUCGUGCAGAGGUUAGUGAGGGUGAGGGAUGGAAGUAAUGUCUGGCUCCUUUGCUCAGAAGCCAACGUUUCCACCUCUUUCACGAAAGAAGUUCGAGCUGAACUGGCUCUCACCGCAUCCACUCCUCUACCACUCUCAACCAAAGGAAAACAGAGACAACACACAGAUACCGAUAUCUGGGUGGCAUUGGCCCAACAACUCGAAACUGACUCCUUCGCCCCCAGUACAACACGUCUUCCCACCUCUACCACAAAACCCCUCACUUCAAGGUCCACACCAGCUCUCUCAGACCUCCUCUCCUUACUCACAGAAAUCCGCUUCCUACACCGUCAAGUCUUUAUCCUGCAACCCAAGAAAUCAAAAACAGGGGAUCUGGAAGUGGAUAUCCCAUAUCUCUCCAACAGCCUCUACGGCUCUUUACUCUCUUUUCCUUCUCCUACAAAAAUUCCUGCGCCUAUACUGAAUAUUCAUGGUCAUGAUACCAGUAUUUACACAAAUACUGCUACUGAUACUCCCUUGGCUAUUUUCCUGGCUGCUGCAAUUUCACAAGCGAAAGGCUGGUUGGAAGGCGUGGAUCAAGACAUUCCUCCUGGAAUUCUUAGAAAAGUGUUGACGUUGCCGAAGAUGAGUAAGAGUGAAGGUGAAGAUGAACAGAUUGGAGUCUACGGUGUGGGCAUCGGUGAGAGCUGGGGAAAUGGGGGAAGAGGGCUGAGGUGUUGGGUUUGCUUUUUGGUGCCGAAUGGUGUUGAGAGGGAGCUUUGAGGGAAGUUUGGUAUUUCUGGGAUGAAGCUUGUUGGUUUUUUGUAUUGAAUCUGGUGUUCAGGGUACUGCGCAGGGGUAGUCUUGGGUUUUCGAACGAAGUGCUUGUCUUCACAUACUGUGCCUAGUGGCCGCUUUCGAGCAUUUCUCCUUGACCAAGAUCGUGUUUUUUGACAUCAUUGACUAACAUUACGCUGAUGAAAUCUGU